UACAGCAAAAUGUCUGCCAAUAAAAGUAGAAGAAAUGAUAGCAAAUAGAAAGUCAUCAUUUUUCAACCACCCAAGCAAUGAUCAAAUCAGACAAGAACCAGGAACAAAAUCUAAGGCCAAGAGAACCAUGGAUCCCAAUGAAAUGCCUGCUGUGCCCUGCUGCCCCUCCGACUCCCCCACGGGGCUUGAGACCGGAGCCCCGUGGCGGAUUGAACUUGGCCCCAAAAGAGCUGUAAGUCGCUGUGCCCGCUGCUACAACCACGGCUUCACUGACCAAAUCAAGGACCAGGAGCACCUCUGCCUCUUCCAGGCCUGCGAUUGUCCCAAGUGUGCCUUCUUCUCGGAACACCACAGUGUCUUGCCUGCUGAGAGUGCCUUGAAGAAGGAGCAGGGGGCACAGCUAAAGAGGCACCUGGCUCAAGGACUGACAAGGAGUGAGGCCUCCCCUCGCAAAGCUCACAGCCAUGUCAAGAAGUUGACCAUUCAAGCAGGAGCCCUCAGCAAGCGCCCAAGGAGCUCUGCUGACUGGUCAUGCCCCAAAUUCUUUGUCUCUGUCCUGGACUCCAGCAGCCUUGAAGAUGCGACGAACAAUUUCUCUUUCCAGGAAGCCCCACAGGACUCCUGCCCUGCCCAGCAUGCUCCUGAAGCUUCUGACCAGGACUCGGUUUCUGCCUCAGAGUGGCAGCGGAAGCUGGAAGCGGCCGAGGCUCUGCUGAUUCUGAGAGACUCUCCCCAGGCAUCUUCUAGCUCCGUCUCCCUGCUGCAGCCCUCCGCGGCGGCAGCUCCUGCUGGAGAUAGAGGACCCCAACCUCCUAGCCCCUCUCUGCGACCCAGGCCAACCAGCUCCAUUUCUCUGCCUAUUGGACAUCUGGAGUGCAUCUCCCUCUUGAGCUAGAAGCGCAGAAGAGGAGGCCUCACUAGAGUGCUGCCUAUUUAUGCAUUUGCAAAAUGUUUACUAUCCAAUAUGCUUAACAUGUUCUUUUUUCCCUUAACCUUCAGGUUCUUUUACAAGCUUUUCAGACCCUCUUUAUUGUAUGGGGCAAUUCCUUGGCUGAGGGUGGGUAUCCUUGUACCUCCAUCCCUUACUGCCUUGGAUUUGGGGGCCUUUUCAUGUCUCCUAGAAAAACAGCGUUGUGCGGUCUAAGCUGAUCAGUCUCUAAAUAGGGUUCUGUGGGAGGUCCUAUGUUCACAUGCCAGAGUUUUCAUUUGACUUGUGAUUGCAAACGUAGCCGUGCACUCACGUAUGUAUCCAUGCUUGUCAAAAUAGAAGGGUGUGUUCAUUUCAUGUCUAGAUUGAUGUGUGUGAACAAAUAAU